AAAGAUGCAACCGGCGGCGGAAUGGCGAUACUUAAACGAGCUACAGUAUGUUUUACCUUUAGAAUAAUGCUCUUGUUAUUGUUUUGCAUUUCUCUUUCGUGUCUACCGUUUUAUUCUUCAGCCAAGAGGAAUGACAGGCCUAUAAUUGGUGUACUUGCUCAAGAAGUUUAUUCCCCAAAACCAAAUCAAACCGCUUACAUCGCUGCCUCUUAUGUCAAAUUCCUUGAGUCAGCGGGAGCGAGGGUUGUACCUGUCAUGGUUAACCAGUCACUGGAGGAGUAUAAAACACUGUUCAACUCCAUUAAUGGGAUCCUUUACCCAGGCGGAGGUGUCAGCAUCAUCUCGUCUGGUUAUCAAAGAGCUGCAAAAAUCUUUUAUGAACUUGCUAUUGAGGCAAACAAGAGAGGCGACUAUUUUCCUGUGUGGGGCACCUGUCUUGGGUUUGAGCAGCUGGCGUAUUUGACGAGUGGAAAGACGGUACUGUCGUUUACCAACACAAGUGGUGUGCCCUUGCCUCUGGACUUCACUAAUGAAACCAAAGACAGCAGGAUGUUUCAAGGUUUCCCAGCUGAACUCAUGGAGGAUCUGGCCAAUGAGCCGCUGACGGAAAACUCUCACAAAUGGAGUUUGGCGGUGUUGACUCUUAACACAAACGAGGAGCUGAAGAAGUUUUACAAAGUUCUCUCCACAAAUACAGAUGGAAAAACGGAGUUUGUGUCAACGAUGGAAGCAUAUGAUUACCCUAUUUAUGGGUCACAGUGGCAUCCAGAGAAAAAUGCAUUUGAAUGGGGAAGGCCUUACAUUCCACACUCUCCAUCGGCAGUCAGGACCACCUUCUACGUGGCUGAAUUCUUUGUCAAUGAAGCCAGGAAGAACUUUCACAGAUUUCAAUCUGAGGACGAGGAGAGCAAAGCGCUGAUAUACAACUAUAAUCCUGUUUACAGUGGGCCCAAGAGCGCCUUCGAGCAAAUCUAUUUUUUCUGAUGUCUGUUUGCGAAGAAGCUCUGUCUGUGCAACAGCUGAUUGGCUGUCCCAAUCCCCUGACUCAUGAAUGUUUGCAGAUGAUUUGAAUUUGCUCCUCGCUUCAUCCAGAAAACUUUGCACCAAACACGCCAACGCAAAUUCCAUGCAAGUAAGAAACUCUGUUUGAGUCUGAUAUACAGUACAUGGACUGCGGUUCGUACAAUCACGUGAUGUAACAAUCAGAGAUCACAUACACAAAUGGAACAAGAUCUACACCAAAGUUGGAAUCUGUGAAAUGAAAUAUUUCAAUCGUGUCUAAAAUUUGCAAUAAGGUACUCGUCCCCCAUCCUAAUUCCAAUACCCCUUUUCCUACCAUACCCCUCACCCUUAUUGUUUGCUUUAUUUUUGUUCUGGUUUUCUUUAUCUGGAAGAGGGCGAAAUCUUAUGUUUUUUGGUGACUAUUUUUAAAUUGAUUCGUUUCCCUAGAGUCGAUAUUUUUUUAGUUUUAGCAAUGAUUUACCUAAAUAUUUUCUGUUUACGCAACGUUACCGCUGACGGCGACUAUAUCAUAUCCGCACAGUGCCGCUGCUAAAUAGCCUCGGGGAACGUGUGUGCGUUCAAAAGUUGUUUUAGUCAUGCGACAGAAAGCUCAGAUUGGACAGAUGGUCUAGUUAGCUGUCUGGAUUUACCCUGCUGAGUUAAACAUAGUCUUCAGAAAUUAGGGUGACCAGAUUUCCCGGAACUAAAACCGGGACACUUUGCGCGUGACCGUAGUGCUCCAGAGCU